AGUCACAAUCGGUUUUAAUCCAAAGUCAGACCGGGAAUGAUAAAAACUGGAAAAAAAUGUAGGACAGUAGAAAAAAGCAUCAAUUUGGGCGAGUUUUGUCUUUCUGUUUGUGAGGUGCUUCGCCCUUUUGUGAGGAUGGAUAUGAAUUCUGGAAUACCUACUUAAUUAGAGAGCACAAGGUCCACAGUGUCCUCUCUUAAGUCUCAAGCACCAACACAGCCUCUACCUUAACCCGGAAGUCGGAAGUACUCUCUUCCUUCCUCGGAAGCGGAGAAAGAGAAGAGUCAAAAGCCAAACCACAAGAAAAUAGAAGACACCUGCAGAGGCUGUUUCGUCGUAAGAGAGCGCCGUCGCAAAUACGGUAUCCACAUCGCCAGGGUAUAUGCAUAGGGUAUUAAUAGUCAUACUCAGAGAGGGGAUCGCUCGCGGGUGAAAAUAGAAGAGAAUGUUUUUGGAAUCCAAUUGGACUUGGUUGGCAAAAGGAUGGGGUAAUAUGGCCGACUUGGCCGAGCGGGUGGACGAUCUAAUAUGCAGUUUUGAUUCGUCCAGUGAGACGACCAUGGACACGUUGUCGAUGCUGAUUUUCGGCUGGAUGCUGUUCGGCCUGGUGGUGUUGUGUGUGGGAAAAUAUGUGUAUAAUCGCUUCGUCCUCCAGGAGGUUGCGAAGAGCGGCGGUGCCAGCGCCAAAGAGGUACAUUCGACUCUACAUGUUGGCGAAAGUGUGGUGCUGAUUGGUGCUGGCGCAGGAACUGGUGCAGCGGGUAGAUCGCUACCAUUUGAGAAGCUUUCGAAGGCUUCUGGUGCGAGGUCCACGGGGACCGGAAAUGCCGGCGGUGGUGGUGGUGGUUUUACUGGUGGUGCAUCAGGUGGUUUAGGUAGCGCCUCUGGAAUCUUCACCUCGUCCUCUUCUGGGAACCUAUCUUCUUCCGGAUAUGUGCCACCGACUCCGCCGGUUAGGAAGAGACUUACGAGGAAGACUUCCGGUCCGCUAAUUAGCCCGGCGAGGAGCUCGCGAGCCCUCAAUUUGCCAACGGCUACCGGCGCGGAUCCCGACGCCGUCAGAUGGGUCAACGAGCUCCUCAUCUGGCUCCACGCGGACCUUCCUGUCCUCGACGAACUCCUAGCUACCUGGGUGACGUCGCUUAAUGACUUCAAUGCCAACUCAGUCGAAGAGCAUGGGAUUGGCGUGGAAUUCGUCCGUGUUCUUCCUGAAACACACCCACCAGUUUUGUCCAACAUCUUCUGUGAAUGUGAUUCCAAAGAUGACGUGACCAUCACGUGCGAUUGUGAGGCGACUCCAGCCUUACAAUUGAAAGCUUUUCGCCAAAAAGGCGAUAAGGUGGAAGCCAGCCAUUAUCGAGUUAACGUCAACCGUUUCCGUGCUCGUCUCAAUCUUGUAUGCAUCACAGAAAAACUGCUUAUUGAUUUAAAGUGCGAUGGGUGGCCUGAGGUUAAAGUAUCUCUUGCCACAGUGGGAACAAUUAAAAAGGAUGUGAACGAAAGCCACUUGCAAGAAGUAGUUAACGAAAUAGUAGUAGCAGCCUUAAGAGGUACUCAUGUCCACCUAAAUUUAUCCCAGUAUUCAUCCUGUCCUCGACUUUGGAGAGAACACCACAAUCAGACUGGUUAUUCAUCACAGGGACAUUAUGAUAGCGUGCAUAUGUCAAAUUCAUUUAUGCAUCAACGAAAUUCUCAUCUUCAUUCCUCAUCUCCAACGAUACAGCAAUAUUUGCCCGGAGAAAGACGACUCCUGGUCAAAGUCGUCAAAGCCACAAACUUGGGAGGUCAGCAAGGUUGCAAGGAACCUUAUUGUGUAGUCGAAUUGGAUGAACCUCCUCAAAAAAAUCAGACCUCUAUCAAAAAGGAUACGACUCAUCCCUCUUGGGAAGAGGCUUUUCUCUUCGACGUCAGCAAAAACACGUCUGAGGUACUUCUAGAAUUAUUCGACCACGUAAAUAAAUCAAACAGAUUUUUAGGUUUGGGAAUUGUUGGAAUAGAGGAACUUUUGGCAAACCCUAGCCAGAGACAGAUUAUUCCACUGCAGGCAAAACCAUAUGAAGAAGAUGAGGUGACUGGGUCCCUGAUUGUUGAGUUUUUGUUCAUCGAGGGUGCAGAAGUGCCUCAGAUUGGGUCCAAGCCUUACAAAGUGAAGGAAACGAUUAAGCCAGCUUCGCCGACGAGGACGUACAGCCCGACGAAUAAUAUCCUGAGCAGCAAUAGUUUAAACUACAACAAUGGUAACAGCACUCUUAUCUUGUACGACACUACCAGUGAGUCCGCAGGGGACUUCCUGACGAAUGGGAACACAAUGGACUCUCCGUACCGAAGUGGGCAGACCAAUGGCAACAAGGGAACACUGAUUGUCCACAGCCAGCAAAGGCAACCGGAGCGACACGUCGUCAAGGUAACGUUGACCGAAAAUGGGAGCUGGAAGGAGAUUUCCUUGGAGCCUGGAAGUAAUAAGGACUCCAAUCUCACAGCGGGACAAGAAAAUACACCUAAUUCAUCGAAUUCUGAAAGUUUACGAGAGAGAGGAAGACCCAGAAGAAAACGAAGAGACUUCUUCGGGACCAUAAAGAAGCGUUUGUCGAGGUCGAAAACCAGAAGUCGAUCAGUAGGUCUUGAUGGAGAUGCAAAUCACCAGGAAGCACAAUCUCGAUCAAUCUCUGCUGAUAGAGCCAGAGAUUCAGGUCCUGCCACCUUAUCGGUACCAGGAAGAGAAGAACACUCGAGAAGAUCAAGUUUAAGUGAAGCAUCAGCUAUCAGUGGAACUUCUACGAGAACUUACGUUAACGAAGCCUCAACGUUAAUUCUGGAAACUCUGGAAAAUGGAAUAACAAAACACUACCUCGUUCCUCUAUCCCUAGCACAAAAGAGCAAAUGGAGGAAAAAGGGAACAAAACUGCACAUAUUCAACGAUCACACAUUCAUUGCGAAGCAUAUACCAGGGGGUACAUUGUGUCAAGUUUGCAAGAGAACCUUAGCUCGAAGGUUGGGAAAACAGGGUUACGAAUGUAGGGAUUGUUUAUUGAAAUGCCAUAAACAUUGUCACGUGAAAGUCGAGACAAUGUGUCCAUCUUCAACUAUUCAAAACAUCGAAAUGUCCCUUCUUCCAGUACUGAGCGAAUAGGAUAGGAUCCUUAUCAAGCCUCCGAAAUUCGAACGAAAAUCCAGAAGACGUCUCUGCUAGGAGGAGCUUUCUUCACGAUUUGCAUAAAGCUAGAGAAAAAAGUCUAUUUAAGCUUCCACGAGAAGGAUACACUUUUUUCACAAUAAACUGAACGGUACUAAACAGUAUUCGUUGGUUUCGGUCUAUCAUGAAUCGCUAAUACGCAGGCACAAUGGAAGUUGAACGAAGUUCGGUAGAUACGAGUAAUAGUGUUAUAUAAACUAUAAAUCAAGAAAGUUUAAAACCUUUUCUAAACUAUUCUAUUUAUAUAAUAAAUAAUUAAGAUAAAGUAAAAAAGGCCUCACAUUAUAAGAGAUUUUUUCUUUUCUGGAAUUAAGGAAAUGGAUUUGGACCCUAUUUAAAAAAAACUGACCCUCAAUCUGACCCUAAUCCGUUUGUCAUUGAGUUUCAUAAAAUUGAAACAUUACUUAGGGUCCUAUUUACGACCUAAUAGCAAAAAAUGAUGAUAGGACUUACAAAUAUUUUAUUUGGUAAAUAUAAAUUCUAUUUAUUUAAUAAACAUAAAAGUCCUAUCCCUAUUUAUGUCUAUAAAUCUGACCAUGAAUCAGAUCCUAAUCCAUGUUUUAAUUACACGAUCCUGAGAACGAGCGGAUUUACGGUCUGAUUUUUUGAAUAGCGUAGCAUCAUUUAGUUUGCGUCUACGAAAUAACAUCGAAUAAUUAAUUAAUCAAUUAUAUAUGGAAUUUUAUACUUCCAUGAAAAAGUGAAAGCGUUCAGAAAAUUGAUUUUCCUGUUAAAUAUAAAUGUUUCUCGAGUCCUCAGAUGCUUUUCUCAAGAUUAAUAUUCCUUUUUAUAAGAUUUUAAUCAUCUUCUCAUAGAUUUUUGAUAUUUAAAAGAACUGAAAGUUUAACAACAAUUUUUUCCCCUUAAACACUGUGUAUAUUCAGGCAGGUUCUAUUUGUAAUUCCAUUUUACUGUAGUCGAUAUCACGCGUGUCAAAAUGGUACUAUCUGUACAUAAUUAUAUUCCAGCGAGCAGGGUUCCGUUGUGCAGGCGUAUUUUCGUAUCUAUUGAUUUUGAAGGAGAUUUUUAUAUUUCGAACGAUUUCACUACUUUAAAAUUUUUAAAGGGAACGCAGGCGUAGCCUGUGGUUAUUCAAAUUAUUUUUCUUUGUAAGAAAAUUGAUAAUUUGAUUAAGAAGAUGAAAGAAAUUUCUACAAUUUUUUAUUAUUGAGAUGGUUUAAAACUACUUUCAUUAGGCUUGGAAUUGUUUUUCUUUGAAUGAGAAAUUUCCUAUUAUUUGUUAAAGUUUUUAAUCAUAUGGGUCAUGAUGUAUGUGUGACUAAAAAGUGCAUUACUCAACAUUUUUCUGAGAGUAAUCAAUUACAAUUUUUUUUUAAUAAUGCUUUUGAUUGUGCGAGUAUUGAAGAUAAGUCACUUUUUAUUAGCGACGAAAAGUUUAUAUUAGAUCAUUAAUCUGGAUAUUAUAAUAAAUAAUUAGACCUCCAAUCAAAAUUUUCAAAUUCAAUGUUAGCAAGCAUUGGAUUUCGAAAAUUUUGAAAUAAAUUCAAAUAAUCUUCACGGAGGACUUAGAAA